AUUAAAUAUGGCGGCGCCCUUCUGCUGAUAUGCUUCUGGUCUGCUGCUGACUUUGCUUGCUGAAAACCGACAAACAAAAAUUCCAAAUUUCGCGGAACUCGUGCAGUUGCUUUGCUGAAUAUUUAAUGAUGGAGACACGCAGCUCUAAAGUUUCAGAUUACCCUGGGAAACUAGAGAAACACGUGGACGAUGUGAAUACAAGCCCUGCCCAGAGAAGAAUGUCGCCUCGUACUCUUGCACUAACAACCCCGGGAAAUGGAUUCACAAAGAGAAUUGAAAGGAUAAAAAUCACUACAGUUCAGCGUGGAAAGAGUGUUACUCAGGAAAAUGUUCUCAAGCGACACCAGAGCACUCGCACAGGAGAGAAGCAGUUUUUCUGCUCACAGUGUGGAAAGAGUUUUUAUUACCAAAGCCGUCUGCAAAUUCACCUUCGCGUUCACACGGGAGAGAAGCCAUAUCAGUGUUCACAAUGUGGGAGUGGUUUUACACAACACGAUUCUCUCCGAAAACACCUUCGCAUUCACACAGGAGAGAAGCCGUAUCACUGCUUCCAAUGUGAGAAGAGUUUUAGGUACAAAACUGGUCUUAAACAACACCAGCGCAUUCACACAGGCGAGAAGCCGUAUCAGUGCUCACAAUGUGGGAAGAGUUUUAGGUACAAAACUGGUCUUAAACGACACCAGCGCAUUCACACAGGAGAGAAGCCGUAUCAGUGCUCACAAUGUGAGAAGAGUUUUAGUGAAUGGCGUACUCAUAAACAACACCAGCAUGUUCACACAGGACAGAAGCCGUUUUUCUGCUCACAGUGUGGAAAGAGUUUUUCUCACCAAAGCAGUUUGCAAGCACAUCAGCGCAUUCACACAGGAGAGAAGCCGUAUCAGUGUUCACAAUGUGGGAGUGGUUUUACACAACGCAAUCAUCUCCGAACACACCUUCGCAUUCACACAGGACAAAAGCCAUAUCCAUGCUCACAAUGUGAGAAGAGUUUUGCUCAACAAAGCAAUCUGCAAGCACACCAGCACAUUCACACAGGAGAAAAGCCAUAUCAGUGUUCACAAUGUGGGAGUGGUUUUACACAACACAGUUCUCUCCGAAAACACCUUCGCAUUCACACAGGAGAGAAGCCGUAUCAGUGCUCACAAUGUGAGAAGAGUUUUAGUGACAGGAGUAGUCUUAAACGACACCAGCGUGUUCACACAUGAGAGAAGUCGUUUUUGUGCUCCAAGUGUGGGAAGAGUUUCAUGGUUGUAAAUGUGUUAAAAACACACAAAUGUAUACACUGAAUUUGUAAUCCUGAUUUUAUACUUACAAUAAAACACAUUUGAUUUUUUAUCACCUUAAGAGCACUGGUAGGCACUCACAUCUCACCUUGUACCA